AUGGAGCUGUCAGCGAUCGGAGAGCAAGUGUUCGCCGUGGAAUCGAUCGUAAGGAAGAGGGUGAGAAAGGGGAAUGUGGAGUAUCUGUUGAAGUGGAAAGGAUGGCCUCCAAAAUACAGUACAUGGGAACCUGAGGAACAUAUUCUGGACCAGCGCUUGGUGCAGGCCUAUGAAGAGAAAGAGCAGAGAGACAGAGCUCUGGGUCACAGGAGGAAAGGAUCAAAGGCCAAAAGACUCGAUCUGCAGAACACCAUCUACGCCAUGGACCUCCGCAGCGCUCACAAGAUCCCUGAGAAAGCUCUGCCUCGCCUGCGUCUCUCGCUGACGCGCUCGCUGGUCCCGGAGGACGUGGACGACCCGUACGGUGCCUGCAGACACAAUUGCAAACCCGGGAGUUCUGAGUUCAGGAGCUUGGACUCGAACCCUCCGAGUCCAACACAAGAGGACUGGGAAGGCCUGGGAGAAGAAGACGAAGAGGAGGAGGAGGAGGAGGAGGAGGAGGAUGCAGAAGAUGAGGAGGAUAGGGAAGAGGAGGCGGCUCAGAGGGAGACUACAGAAAGCAUUCUUCAUGGACAAGAGAGGACGGACCGCUGGAGCUCCGACAUCGCACCGGACGAGGUCAUCGCUGUAUCUGAGAAGCAGGACCACCUCUGGAGGCCCGUCAACCGCCCGGGAGAGGUGACGGUCACAGACGUAACCCUCAACUCCCUCACAGUGACUUUCCGCGAGUCGAGGGUCGCCACGGGCUUCUUCAGACACUGUAGCCAGGAGGCUGUUUAUCCCACACCGAGCAUGAUGGGUCAGCGUCUCGUGAUCCCAGAGCUGCGUCUGUGUGAUAGCGAAGCUUCAGGGAAUGGAAGUGCCUGA